CAGAGAAAAAAAAACCAAAAUUCGCAGGCACUGCAAGGAGAGAAAAGCACACAAAACAAAACAACGGUCGCACGUAUUGUGUGUGCAUGUGUAUCUGUGUGUGUGAGUUUAAAAAUAUUUCUCGAAUUAAAAACAAUGUAAAGUGUGCCAAGCGACGAGCAAAACAACAGCAGCGACAACAAAAAGUGCUAAAUAUUGUUACCAAAUCGUUGACCAGCAACAAUAACAACCACAACACACUGCCAAAUCAUUACCGCUACACUACAACAACAACAACAACAAAAUAACCGUAGUUUCUUGAAUAGAGAAAACGUAAGCCACAAACAUACGAAAUGGCCAAAGACAGACUGCCCGAGCUCUUGCAGCGAUCGCUGAGUGCCAAUUCCACAUCCUCCUCGUCGAACGGUUCGCUCUUGGUGUCCGUUUAUAACUCUACAGUCGAGUACAACAACAACAACAACAGCAAUACCAGCAACAGUGGCAACAACAACAACAACCACACAAGCCAUCAAGGCGGCAAGGCGGAGGACAAGAGCAAGGAUAAAGAAAAAGAGAGCAGCAAGAUGACACAACAUGGCGCGAAUGUGGAUGCCAUCUUAAAUCCGUACUCGGAAAUUCGUUUGCAUCUGUCACAAAUUGAUGCCAAUUUAGAGGCCAUGAAUCGGAUGGCACAAACCAUAAAUCUGCGCACUUUCAAUGAUAACGAAAUGGAUGAUCUGCAUAAUAAGAACCUGCGACUGGGCAACAUACUAAUGAAUCGAUUUAAAGAGUUUAAGGCCAAUCUGCCGCCCGAGAACGACUACAGUUUGGAGGCCCGCAUGAAACGCACACUCUUCUAUGGCCUCUAUCAGACCUAUAUAAAUCUGUGGCAAAGGAACGAGGAGUUUUUGCAACACUACGAACUCAAGAUGAAAAAGAAUCUGCGCAUGCAUACCAAAAUAAUUAAUGCCGAGGCUACAGAACAAGAAAUUGAGCAACUGCUUGAGAACAAGACAACAAAGCUCUUUGUGGACAAUAUACUGCAAGAGACGGAAAAAGAGCGUCAGACUUUGCGCGACCUCAUGGAUCGUUUCAAUGAGCUGAAAAAACUGGAAAAAUCCAUAGAGGAUGUACAUGCAUUGUUCAUGCGCAUUCAAACCCUCGUUAUGGAGCAGAGCGAGACGAUACAACGUGUGGAGUUCCAUGCACAGCAAGCUACACUGUAUGUGGAUAAAGGUGCCGUGGAGCUCGACCAGGCCGAAAAGUAUCAGAAAAAAGCGCGCAAGAAAAAGAUAAUGCUCAUUGCAAUACUCAUAGUCGUAUUGGUAGUCCUAGUAUUAGUCGGUCUUUAUUUGUGAUAUGUGACUCUGCGCACCUACGCAAUAAUCUAUUUUUUUUUUUUUUGCCUACUUUUAAGACAAGUCAAUAAAAUUCCACGUGUCUGUUUUA